AUGAAACGAACGAAACAGCAGGGCAAUGACCUAGUUCAAUUUUCAAAUAGUAAUAAAAAACGAAAAUUAGAAAAUCAAAGUUUUUAUAAUCUUAAUAAACGAUUUCAAAAUUUAGCUAUUAAUUCAAAUGUUUUAACUAAAAUCAACAUUUCAACAAUAUCAAUAUCAAAUUUCGAAGAUUAUUAUCGAACUAUUCUUCUACCAAAUCGAAAUCGAAUUAAUUUUCUUGAUUUAUCAAAUCCAUUUGCGGCUGAUAUUAUUUUCUCGCCACCAGAUCAUAUUUUAAAUUUUGUUCAUCUUGAAACAUUGAUUAUAGAUAAUGUAGAAAGUAUUAGUUUUUACAAAUUCUUUGAUUAUUUUAUGAAAUUACCUAAUCUUCAUUCAUUAAUUAUAUCUUUUGGCGAAGGUAUUUUGAAAAUAGAUUAUCUUUUUGCUCAAAUAUUUCGUUUAUCAAAAUUAAAAUAUUGUAAAAUUAAAUAUGAAAUACAAUAUUGUGAAGAAUUAUUUUAUUCUUUUACUGAAUAUAUUUCCAGUCCAAUAGAAUAUUUAAUAAUCAAUGCUCCUUUUCCAUUUAAAGCAUUUCAUAAUUUGUUAUGUUAUCUUCCUAAACUUCAACAUUUAUCAAUUGGUUUUCUUCAUUUGUUCGGUGAUAUUCACAUCAAAUAUCAAUUAUCUCCUAUUCAAUUAAAAUGUUUACGGCAUGUUUCUAUUUAUUUUAGCACGGUAUAUUUUAAUGAAUUUGAGAAAAUUAUCAAAGAGUUUUUUCAUCAUGUGCAAAUUUUACAUCUUACGACUUAUUAUACAGGAACAUAUUUAGAUACUCAACGAUGGCAAAAAUUAAUCGUAUAUCAUAUGCCAUAUUUACGUGUGUUUGAUAUUAAUUGUCAAGAUUUUCUAGACUAUGAUAUUUCAUGUCAUGAUGUUGUUACUGAAUUUAAUUCUUCUUUUUGGAUUAAAAAUAAAUGUUUUUUUGUAAAUCAAUAUGAAUGGAACGAUCAAUCUUUUGGUGGAGUUAUAGAUUCGUCUGGUCUAUAUCGAAGAAAAAAAUAUAAGUUUCAUUGGAAAAUAGAUGAACUAUUGGGUUUGCAUCAUCAACAAGAAAAUCUAAAUUCAAUCGAGCAUAUUCAUAUGAAAACUGAUAUAAAAUCCAAUUGUCGAAGAUAUUUUUCAAAUGUUAAUCGAUUAACUAUUGAAACGACUUUUAAAAUAUCAGAUGGUGAUUCAUUUAUAACAAAUCUUAAUCAUAUAGUUUCUUUAAAACAACUUACAAAAUUAGUUAUUAGAACUUUUGAUUUAACAUUCGAACAUAUUAUUAAAUUGUUACUUUUAACACCGAAUUUAUAUACAUUAGAAUUUUGUGAAUCCUCUAUGUGGACAAUUGAUUUAAAUGUCAUUAAACAAAAUAUACCUUUUCAAUAUACAUUAACGGAAAAUAAAAUCGAAAAUUUAGUCGUUCGUGGUAAAUGUUCAUUGAAUCAAAUUCAAUUCAUUGUUUACAUAUUUUCAAAAUUAAAAGAUCUUAAAAUUGGAAUCCAAGAAACAGAAAUUCGAUCAAUAAUUCGGUAUUUAUUAUCAAAAUCCCAUAAUAAAACACAAUAUUUAUUUUAUUUAUGUAUUUCAUUGUCUCAAAAGAAUUGGUUAGAAGUAGACGAUUUAAUUAAAUUAGACAAUUUACUUAACAAUUACUCUAUUAAAUACAUUCGGGACAAUUUACAUUUAUGGUGGUAA